AUGGUCACCAGGCAGGAAUCAUUCCAAAUUUGGCAACCUAGUAAUCACAGUGACUUCAGCUGCCCCAUCUGCCUCCAGACAGCCACUCUCCCAGUAGAAACCAACUGUGGACAUUUAUUCUGUGGUUCCUGUCUGGUCACAUACUGGAAACAUAGUCCCUGGUUAGCAGCGAUAACCUGCCCCCUCUGCAGACAAAAGGUGGUUCUUCUGGAUAUCUCUUGUGAAAAGCAACAAGAUAAGCCAAGUAAACAAACUGUACACGACAUCAGAGAUUACAACAAGCGUUUCUCAGGGCAACCUCGGCCUUUUGCAGAUUACCUUUAUGACAUGCCGUUAUUCCUGGCUCUUGCCUUGCGAGGAAUCUUCACCUGGGGUAGUCUUGUAUGGAUUUUUCUCCUAAGAGUUGCUGUGUGUUCCUUUGGAACUAUCAUGUGCUUGUCUUCCCCAUUUGACAUGAAGCCUGGGCCUCUCUGCAGGAUGCUUGGAACAGCUGAUGACAUGGUGGUUGUUUCCCUUCUUUUAAUUUGUGUGAUAAACAUUUGUCAGCAGGUUGCAUCUAGUGGG